CAGCUGCCGGGAAACCCCAAAGAAGAAGAAGUUGAAGGAGAGAAAAGUUUCGCGACGAGCCGGAGGGAGGGGACUGCGGAGUGAUAGUAAAGUAAUCCGACAGCGAGCAUGAUCGAACCCGAACCGCAGAGCGCUCCACUGUCUGCCCCCUUGGAGGAAGAGCCACAGCCGGAGAGAAAAGUCAUAGCCACCUUGGUCCAAGGCACAGUGAAGUGGUUCAAUGUGCGUAAUGGAUAUGGCUUCAUAAACAGAAAUGAUACCAAAGAAGAUGUGUUCGUACAUCAGACCGCGAUCAAGAAAAACAACCCCAGGAAGUUCCUCCGCAGUGUCGGAGACGGGGAGGUAGUAGAGUUUGAUGUGAUUGAAGCCGCCAAGGGCUCAGAAGCAGCAAAUGUAACCGGUCCGGGCGGUGUUCCUGUCAAAGGUAGCCGCUACGCACCCAACAAACGCCGCUUCCGUCGAAGGUUCUUCCCCAGGAGCCCAAGGCCUGAUGACGAGAAAACAGCAGAGAGCCAGUCCUCUGCUGUUGAGGGCGAAGUAUCAGGAGAAAACGAUGCAGGGAAACCUCAGCAGCGCCGUCGGAGGCCCCGUAGACCACGUCCAGAGGCACAAGAGGGUGAGGCUGGAGAACAGAAGAACGGAGUGGCAGAGUGCGACGAGCCACCGCGACCGCAACAGCGCAGAUUCUGGCGCCCGUACCGCAGACCGUUCCGUCCUCGCCCACCAGCUGAGCAGGCUACAGACGGCGAGCAGGCUACUCCAGAAAAGAGCCAGGAGCAAAAAGAAGUGAAGCAGCCGGAGGCCUCUGAGAGCCCCCAGACCAACGGAGAAGCAGCUGAGGACCAGAAGGAACAACGCCGCCCGACUAGACGCCGCAGGACGAGGAACUCCGAGUCCUCGACCUCGAAAAAUGAUACAGAGAAGUCUGCAUCCGAGCCUGGUACCCCUCCUCCGACGUCCAAACCAGGUGACCUUAAGUCCACGACAAAAGCACCCAAGUCGUCCCCUAAAACCUCUCCUAAACCGCCAAAAUCACCCGAGCCACAGCAGGCAGCUGCUACAACAGACCCAGCACCAACAGAGUGAUGCUCGUGAGAGGACAGUCCUGUAACCCUUGUUCCUAGGGUUGGAGGACUGGACCUAUUUCAGAACACAUGCACUGCUCUCCCCUCCCUACCCUCCCUCCUCCAACAACCCACCCUGUCUCGCUGUCAUACCUCCGGCCCCCACCCCUCCGGGCCCCCACCCCUCAUUUUGUCUUGUCCUGUCUCGUAACUGAUUUCUGGAAAGGGAUGAGGUAGGGAAAUGGGGGAUAAAAGGUUGUUUUGUGUGCAUAUUGAGACAUUGUAAGUGCAUCUUUAAAAGAAAUUAUAAUAGAAAAUCUGCUUGGUAGCCCAGUUAUUCCAACCCCCCUUUAAAAAAAGGCGUUUUCUUUAAUUGGCUGGACGGGAAGCAUCAAGUAGUUUAUAGAGGAACCAACCUUGAUUUUUAUUUACCCUUUUUAAAAUUUGGUUGAAGAGGGGAAAAACCAAGCAGGUGUUAGAUUGGUGGUGCAUUGUGGGAGUCAGUUAUGUUGCCACCUCAAUCCAUUCUUAAAAAAACAACUACUCCCUUCAUCUCCUCAGUUGAGGAUAGAUUGAUAAAAAGAAACUUUAUUUUUGUUUUACUUAUUUGUGUGUGCUUUUUCUUUUGGAGGGGAUUAUGUGCAAUGUCAGUAGUUGAAAUGUUAAUUAAUAAAUCAUGUUUGCAAAUGUCAA